ACUCCGCAGGCUCCCGCCAGGAGAAAGGAGCAUUCCCAGGGGCUUCUACACACUGUGGUGCUCAAGAUGGUUCUGAGUGGGGCACUGUGCUUCCGAAUGAAGGAUUCUGCAUUGAAGGUGCUUUAUCUGAACAAUAACCAACUUCUAGCCGGAGGGCUGCAUGCAGGGAAGGUUAUUAAAGGUGAGGAGAUCAACGUUGUCCCCAAUCGAUGGCUGGAUGCCAGUCUAUCCCCAGUCAUCCUGGGUGUCCAGGGAGGGAGCCAGUGCCUGUCAUGUGGGACAGGGCAGGAACCAACUUUGACCUUGGAGCCAGUGAACAUCAUGGAGCUCUACCUCGGAGCCAAGGAAUCCAAGAGCUUCACCUUCUACCGGCGGGACAGGGGGUUCACCUCCAGCUUCGAGUCGGCUGCUUACCCAGGCUGGUUCCUGUGCACUGUGCCCGAGGCUGACCAGCCUGUCAGCCUCAUCCAGCUUCCUGAGAACCCCAACGGGGAUACAUUCAUCGUGGACUUCUACUUCCAGCAGUGUGACUAGGGCAGCCCCCAGGAUUCCCUAGGUGGGGCCAGCUUGGG